UUUUGUUUUUCCUUGACAUGGGCCUUAGGGAAGGGAGCUUCUUAUUCUUGGCUUACUGUGUAUGCUGGGAAAAUGUGUCUCUGGCUGUAAACCUGGCUACAACUCACAAGGCAUUAGAUGUGUUGAUGCUGACGAGUGCGAUGAAACCCCUGGGCUAUGUGGCAAAUACGCGAAGUGCAUGAACACAGAAGGCAGCUACUACUGUAACUGUCUGCAUGGGUACAUACACGAUAAAAAGAUGGUGAACUUCACAGCUAUAGUUGGGCAGUGCCAAGAUUAUAACGAGUGCACCAAUCAAGUCAGCAUCUGCGGUCAGGGUGGUAACUGUUCUAACCAGAUUGGGAGCUACAUCUGCAACUGCCAUUUUGGGUACACUAAAAACAGUGAUCAAGGACCGUGCAUAGACAUAAAUGAGUGCACGGAAGCGGAAAAUAAAAAAGAAAACCUCUGUGGAGUAAAAGGGACUUGUAAAAAUGUUAAUGGGAGUUAUUUGUGCAAGUGCCCAAAAGGAUACACUAAUUAUGGCAAUGAAAGGACCCCGUGCUCAAAGCUUGACUGUGACAAUGCCAACAGUGGGCCUGCACCGGCACUUGGGGGCCUGGCAGACAUUUUGUUCAUGAUGAGAAACAGCUGUCUGGCUCUGUCUGACCCAAGCGUUGCUGGUGAAGGGAAGGCUGCUGGAGAGGCGCUACUGGAGAAACUAUUCACAGCGACCGAGGCCAUCCUGUCCCCUGGUCACCUGAACAGCAGUGACGAUGUGAGCGGACUGCUCAGUACGGUGGAGAAGGCUAUAAUGCUCAUUGGUCCACAGCUCAAGGACAGCCACACCAAGAUAGAGACCACUGAGACAGACACAGAGAUUACAGUAGAGAGGGGGAAGACUCCACCCACUGGAUCAAUCCAUCUGACCACUGAGAAUGCUACACUCCAUACUGACUGGGCAACGGCCGCUGGGACAGGAUCAUACCCUGGUUUUGCUAUGGCUGCUUUGCUGAGCUACAAGAACCUUGAGACCUCUGUUAACCACUCCUUUGAGGAGCUUACAGAAUUUAAAAAAAAUGGUGUGGAUCCCUCCUUUAAAAUCUCCUCUAAAGUUGUGUCUAUUGUGGUCUCCAACCCAUCCACUGAGAACCUGAGCCACCCUGUCAAAAUCACCCUCAGACAUCUAGAGGAAAGAGAUAAGUCCCGUGAGGUGAGCUACAUCUGUGCAUACUGGACUGAGAGAGGUUCCUGGUCCACAGAUGGUUGCGAUCAACAGGACCUUAAUGACACACACACUGUGUGUACAUGUAAUCAUCUGAGCAGCUUCGCUGUGCUCAUGGCACUCCACCCUAUUGAGCACACCUUUGGGCUCCAGGUGGUGACCAAGUUAGGGCUGACCAUCUCCCUGCUGUGUCUCAUACUGUCCAUCCUGACAUUCAAGUUCUGCCGCUCCAUACAAGGGACCCGCACCACCAUCCACCUGCACCUCUGUAUCUGCCUCUUCAUGGCGGACCUCAUCUUCUUGGCUGGCAUUUCACAAACUAAACCUGUGGGCGGCUGCAGGUUCGUGGCAGCGAUGCUCCAUUUCUUCUUCUUGGGAGUAUUUACUUGGAUGCUGUUGGAAGGGGUGCAGCUGUACCGUAUGGUGGUGCUGGUGUUCAAUGCCACCAUUCGGCCCCUCCACUUAUACAUCACUGGUUAUGGGACACCACUUGUUAUUGUCAUUAUAUCUGCCAUCAUUAGACCAAAGGGAUACGGCACUGACCAGCACUGCUGGUUGUCCCUGGAAGACGGCCUCAUCUGGAGUUUCUUUGGCCCUGUGUGCCUCGUCAUCAUCCUCAACGUCUUCUUUUUCAUCGUCACCGUCUGGAAGCUUGCCCAGAAGUUCACCAGCCUCAACCCAGACCUCACCAAACUGCACAAAAUUAAAGCGUUCACAGUGACGGCUAUCGCCCAGAUGUGCAUUCUGGGCCUGAUGUGGGUGUUUGGGUCUUUCAUGUUUGGAGAGGGCACCAUAGUGGUAGCAUAUAUCUUCACUAUCCUCAACAGCUUGCAGGGAGCACUGGUGUUCAUCAUGCACUGCCUACUGUCUAAACAGGUGAGAGAGGAGUACGCCCAUUUCCUCUCCUGUAUCUGCACACCACAAAAGAAGAGAUACUCAGACUUCAGCAGUACCAACCCUUCCAGUAGUCAGACACAAGGUUCUCGGAGUGGGCAACACACCGGAGAAUCCCAAAUAUGAAGCACUCUAUCUUUUAUUCCACCCAAAAGACUAUCACACCUUUAACCUAUCUGGGCUAAGUUAGUCCUCAAGGUUUGGAUCACUUCAAAUAAAAAUUCAGUCAUUAUUUACUAACCUUGAUGUCAACUCAAUCUCUACUUUAGUUUUGUUGUACCAUUACACCAGUCGUUCAAUAGUACAACUACCCCAUCCCUUUUUCAGGGUUUUUUACAUUCUUUGGUUGAACUUCCCAAAGCAGACAUAUACAACUUAAACCAGGGGUUGUCAAUAGGUAUUGCUUGGCCAGGAAGGGUCACAUGCCAAACACACCUCUAAUUAGCCCCAGUAAUUAAAUCUCAGGCUUUCAGAUCCUAAUGAAGUUAAUGGACCAAAUCUUUUAAGACUGAAUAGAAGAUGAAUAAAUUGCUGUAAGACCAUUUAACUCAGUGUUCUAAUGGUGAAUCAAGUAGUAUUGAUAAUGACUGAGUUUUUGUUUAAGUUUGAAGUGAUCCUAUAAAUGCGUCAGUAGGCUUCUAAAAGUGUUUAUUCAGGAACUCUUUAAGUGAAAGUGAAGAUAUUUGAGUAGCUUAUUGGUUCAUCCAUAACAUAUCACAAUCAUAAUAUAAGCUGUAUUCCACUUGGAGUGAUUAAAAGUAGUGCAGUAGAUACUAAUACAGACUAUUUAUUUUUACAAUUGCAGACUAAAGUCUACAUUGUGUAGGCUACAAGAAAAUAUGAAGUCUGCUCCCAAUGUUUAAAGCAUGAGCAAACAGUUUGCGCUGUAAUUUUUUAAUAAUGUUUUAUGUAAAAAUAAGGGUGGACAUGCUGCUUUUUGUUUUUGCGAUCUUCACAGAAACUACUUGUUUCCAUGUUGUAAUGGCAAAGAAGCAAAUGAGCCAUGAAUUGCCUCUGAUGUUCAUCUUCAUGUUCCUGCAAAUCCCGUGUGGGUUCCUGCAAGCAUUCUAUGUCUGUAGUUUCUUGAUUUUAAACAAAAUAGGUGAUUUCUUUUUUUUUUAAAUCACAUGUGGCUAUUUUUAAAGAAUAUUUUAUUGGGUUACAAUUGAGCUGUGCCUUUUGUCACUGGUGUAUAUUUUGUUUUUAUUAACCAUGAAAUCAAAUCCAGACCAAAAUGUUUGCUGGACCACUCACAAAAACAACAGCAACCCACCCUUUUGAUAAGCCUGCAGCUUCCUGCAAUCAGCUGUGUUUAUAGAAUCAAUGUUUUCUUAUUAUAGCUGUUAGUCUAUGCCUCCACACAUUGUAGGUGACUGUAAGGUAUCACAUCCCCGAAAUAAGAACUUCAACCGUUUUGGUGAGGGCUACCGGGAGCUGUACAGAUUUAAGUUUGUGUAUUUUAUUGCACUUUUUCUUUUGAUAAAAAGAAGAUAAUUGAGCACAUCCUCACUCACAUAUUGCAUGGGAGAAUGUAAAAGACUUGAGAACCAGCCUCACGUACAGAACCCCAACAGUUUACCUGUUGUAAUAAAGCUAUUGAUUAUAUAUUUUAUAUUUAAUAGAAAUCAUGUCAAUGACAUUGAUCUUCAGAAAAAAAAGAGACCUUUUGGAUUUGGGUCUUUUUAUGUGAUUGGUUUUGUCUUAUACUGUUUGUUGAUAUCUAAAUUGCCUGAUUAAGGGCAUGUAUGUGUUGGUUUUAACACCUAAACUGUUCUUCGGUUCUUACGUGUGGCUGCACUUUUUUUUGUGACCGUUGAUACUUUUUAUUCAUGCAUUGCAAGAUGUAUUUUUUAUGUGAAAAAGCUAUAUACAUUAUGCAGCAUUUUGUGAAUGUAAGAUUCUCAUAGAAUAUACUAUAAAAGUUCUAGUUUGAAGGUAUAUAAACCUAUUUUUCUACUUUGUUAUAUGUUGUUCGGUACUGUUUUCUUUAAUAUGCAGCACAAAGUUUAUUAAAGCUUCUACUUCAUCUGAAAAAUCUG